AACUGAUCUCAUCCUCCUUGACAACGUUCAAAGAAGUGUGACAGUGUACCCGGUGUCAACGAAUUAUGUUCAAUCAAUUCGCAUAAAAACAGCCUCAACAAUGAACGAACCAAAGGUACGCGAGUUAAAGCGUUCUGAGCUUAACUGGGAGCGCCAAUUGCAUCGGAAGGCGGAAAUCGACAUCAAUCGUGCAGGUCUAGGAGAAAUGCUUCAAGAAGUUCAGGAAAUCGAAAAUCUUGCCUGUCAGGAAAUUAAAGGACUUGCGUCGAGGAUCAAACGACGGAAGCAUGCUGAUGUCAAGGAUCUGUUGAAGCUUAGCUAUGGUUUUCAACAAAGUGCCGAAAACAUUUCCACAUUCCUACGGAUUACGGGUUCGAUCAAUGUAAUCGUAAAAGAGUUAACCGGCCAGUCGUCAGAUCUACAACAGCUGGCAGGAGAAUGUUUGUGCAAUCUAACCCUUGGCGACGAGGUUUGCUGUGAAAAAGUUGCCACUUUUGCCGGUACAUAUCUAAUGACAUUUUUGGAAAAUCUAAACAAUCGUCCGUUGAAUUGUACGUGCAUAUGGACCUUGCAAAACAUUAUUUCGUCAGGAACGAAAGCUAUGAAAGUUUUGCACUCACAAGGGAUUGUAGCAAGAUUUAUUCAUUUGUUAGCUGAGACUGGAUAUGACGAACUAUAUGCUGAGAUCUUAUUAGCCAUCGAUCUAAUAUUAGAAUAUGGAUUUGAUUUCAUAAGCGAAGAAACGAUUCUCACCAAGUUAUUACCCAUUAUAUCUUCAAAGAAACCACAACCUAGCAGUCUGAAAGUUCUUUACAAAUCCUUGUUUUUAGUCCGUUUUGAAACCAUCGAACCCAGUACAUUGCAGUUGAUCACAAGCCACAGUGUCGAUAGUUUAGCGCUAUUACUUGUAAUGAAUGCUCAUACCGACCAUUGUGUUGAAACAGUACUCGCAGUAAGGAUACUAGCCAAUCUAAUAGCAAAAAAUGAUGUAACAUACUGCGAUAUGUUGCUUAGCGAGUGUCAGCAAAGAAACGUAAAUCUAACUGACGUUUUCAACGUGAACUCGAAGGCUGGACAUGUUCAAAUUUGCAAAGAGUUACUUUGGUUUUUAGGGAAUUUACAAAAAGCAGUGAAUCAGCAUAAGCCGGAACUGCAUAAUUUAUUUCAAAGUUUGAAUGUUCCCAAACUAUUAUGUUAAGUAGAACGUUUGAAAUUAUCAACGAGUGAAUUAACGCAUUACAUCGCAUGAACGAGUACAGUAUUUCCUUCGUCGCCACGACAUCGGCUCGUUACACAGAGGGUCGAGUUAUCUAAUAAAAACAUGAAACUAAUGGUUUAACCUUUAGAAGUGUGAUGAUAUUUAUUUCGUCUUGAAUUAACAACC